AUGGAUCACAACCACGACCAUUCGACGAUGGAUCACAGCCAUGACCAUGCUACGAUGGAUCAUUCCAACCAUGUCAUGCAGACAACCACAGGGUCAAACCACGAUCAUGGGUCAGGGGGUCACGAUCAUGGAUCAGGGGGUCAUGGAUCCAUGGAUAUGAUGUACAUGAAGAUGUACUUUCAUGAUGGCUAUUCAGAGUACAUAUUGUUUGAAAGCUGUUUAACAAAAUCUCCAGGAGGCAUGGUUGGUGCCUGCUUUAUCGUCUUCUUCUUGGCUGUACUGUAUGAGGGUCUGAAGUUCCUCCGAGAGAUUGUUCUCCAGCGUUCCCUUGCUGGCAAAGCUCACACUGUUUACACAGUAGACACACUACCAGCUGGUUCCAGUCAGGAGCAGAUGGUCAUGCAGAUUAGGAACCCGUCUGUCACAAGCCGUAUGCUGACAAGCAGCCAUUUCCUACAAACUUUACUUCACGUAAUCCAAGUGUUUAUCUCAUAUUGUCUGAUGCUGGUUUUUAUGACGUACAACGUAUGGCUGUGUGUGGCCAUCAUCUUGGGCGCAGGUGCUGGCUAUUUCACAUUCGGCUGGAAAAGGGCGAUGGUGGUGGACUCAAAUGAACAUUGUCACUGA